AUGGACAUCAUGGUGACACACUACUUCAAGUAUAAAGGUAGGCCAUACUUCAAACUGCACUUCAUACAGUCCGGUGCCAGGUCUGUUGAAUUGCCAGUCAUGGCUCAACCUUCGGUCUUCAGUGAAGACCAGAUCUCAGCAUUCCUCAACUACAUUGGUCUACCACCGUCUCUUCAGCAGCAACGGUACACCGGUGAUGCAUCCAAAGAUAUCCACUUCCUUACACAAUUGCACAUACACGCGAUCUCAACAGUCCCUUACGAAAACCUCUGGCUUCAUUACAACCCCACUCACACCAACAACAUCAACCCCAACGACACAUACACCAGCAUCGUCACCAACAACCGAGGCCGAGGCGGCUACUGUUUCCAAGUCUCCAUCUUCCUUAACCAUAUCCUGCGAGGCCUCGGCUUCCCAGCCUACCUCUCUCCAGUACGAAUCCGAUAUCGAGUCGACGGCAUCCCCCAGGGUAACUACAGCGGCUGGGUCCACCUCGUCAACGUCGUCACACUGACAGACGGAUCCAAAUGGGCCUUGGACGUUGGCUUCGGCGGCGACGGACCCACCGCCCCGAUCCAACUCGUGCACAACCACAUCUCCACGAACCUCGGUAACCAAGAAGUCAGGCUCUGGCGCGAUUGGAUACCGACGCAAUUGCACCGUACCGCGGAGACGAAGCUUUGGAUCUACCAGUACCGCAACGGCGUGGAGCAAGAGUGGAACUCGUUCUAUGCUUUUGGCGAGACGGAGGCUAUGGAGGCGGAUUUCUUCAAUUUGAACUGGUAUACUGGAUCGCAUCCCGAGUCAUUCCAAACGUUUACGUGCAUUAUUGUCAAGUUUUUGAGACGGGAGAAGGGAGAUGGGAGUGGGGAUCAGGAAAUCUAUGGGAAGAGGAUGUUGGUGAAUGGGGUGGUCAAGGAGAAUCUUGGAGGGAAGACGGCGAUUAGGGAGGAUUGUAGGACGGAGGAGGAGAGGGUGCGAUCGCUAGAGGAGUGGUUUGGCAUGAAGCUCACUGAAGAGGAAAGGGCAGGUAUUCGAGGAUGGGGAACAGAGUUGAAGGGAGACGGGAGUGAGGGCGUCAUAGCGAGGCAAGCGCAGUCGAAGGAGGUGUGGGAGAUUAAAAGAGGCAAGGAGUGGCGGCAUCAUUGGUAA